ACACAAGAUGGCUGAUUCUAGCAUGGCGGUCAAUUUAGCUGCCCGUGUCUGGGCACCAUUCAUGGAACUGAAAGAACUCGUUGAAUGUGCUGUUACCAAGAGGCAACCUGGCUUAGCCCGUGACCUGGAAAUAGCCUUGCGGAAACACAGGCCAGAUUUCAUAAGUCUUCUUAAAAAACCUAGUCGAAAUGCCACCCAUGGAGAUUUGGUAAGAAAAUCCCAUCUAGAAGGUAUAGCAGUUGAAGGGGAGCAGAGGAGGCAGACAUUCUCACAACAAUUUAUUGCUGAGGCAAUUAUUUUAAGUGAACUCUUUGAGCUCAAUGAACUUGCAGCUGUGGAAUUACUUAUGGCAGGGGAAAAUCAGUUGCCCAAUCAUCCUGGUCUGACAAGAGGACUAGUUGCAGUUUUGUUGUUUUUUGAUGGUCAGCGCUGCCUGGUAGCUGCUCUCAGGGCUUUGGCUCAAGCCAGAGAUGGCAGGACAUGGACUGUAGGAAUCAGCCAGGAACUCCAGGCCAUGAUCAGUGCCUUCAUUGAGGACCUUGUGCAGGAGGAUAUUGUCACAACAAUACUUGAUCUGAUCAAAAGUAUGGAUUUGGUAAAGGAAAUGGGAAGAUUACAGAAAGACAGAGCUUUAGGUCCACCAAAACACAGAAAACAGGUGACUGACCUGUACACAGAGAUCCGGCAAACUCUUGCAGACAUUCUGUUCUGUCUGGCCUGUCAGUGCCCACUCAACAAAAAGGACACCCUCAGGCUGCUGGCUCACCUCAGGCAGGAUGGAGCACUCAAUGCGGAUGAAACACUUGACUCUGUCACCCUGACAUUACUUGUCACACUUUGGUACUGCUUUGACGUCAGUGUCUUACACAGGGAGGAAUCUGAAAAUUUUUCAUCCCGGCUGCCAGUGUUUAGUGAUGCCAGUUACAUACAGGAGAUCCACAAGGAACUUAUGUCAGACAGAGAGUGGGCCAACCCUGGCCUCAAAGCUGCUGUACAGUUCAGCUGGGCUGUCAUGUUACAUCAGACAUCACAGUUCAGUGUUGCUAAUGGAGGAGCAAAUGGAAACAGUGAUUGUUUUGAAGAUGAUGAAAAGCUGAUAGAUAAUGCCAUAGAUAAAAACCUGUUCACAUUCCUUAGCCUUUCUGUGGUGUCUUGUCCUAAUUUUCAUUCUGAGGAGUUCUACCUGAGAAGAUUGCAUGGCCUAGUGUCAGAUUUCAUCUACCAAAUGCCACUCAAGAUCAAAGAGCUAAGAAAUCGAGGGGAUGAAACUUGCCGCAUCCUGUUAGCUCAUCAAGCUGAAGGUCUGGAGCCACCGCAGCUGAGGAAAGAGUUGCACGAGUUCAUGGUUUUGGUUGGAGACCUGUAUGAAAAAGACCCUCUGAACCUCCAGCUGGCCCUGGAGUACUGGAGCCUGCCAGAGCCUGGCACAGGUGACCUCAGCAGUGUCUACAGACUGGACCCUAAACAGAUAGCCCUGUUCAAGUUUGUCCGUGUAGCUGGUGACCUGCUGCCUGCCCCACUUUUCCUGCCUUACAUUCACAUGUUGACUGGGCUGGCCACUGGACCACAGUGUGCACAUCAUUGCUUCAAUUUGCUCAGAGUUAAUGGUGGACAGGCCAACCCUGUGUCCUGGGAUCACAUCUUUGGUUCUCUGCAUCAGUAUUAUGCAAGCUUGCGCCAAGAGGCAUACACCAUGUCAGACACUGUGCCCUAUCGCUCCACUACACCUAGGAGUAUGACGCCCCAGGAGCUAGAAGCUGUUUGUGCUGUGCUCAAGUUAACCAGGCAUAUUGCCUUAUUGAGUGACACCUGUCGGUCAUCAUUCUGUGAAAAUCAGCAGUGGUCAGUGGUUAUGGUUCUGUUUGGUUUGCUGGCAUGCAGUGUGUCAGUGCAGAUGAAGGGGGAACUGCUGAGUACUUUGGCUGCCAUAGCCCAGACCCCAGUGUUUGCCGCCACUAUAUGGCAGACACUUGAGUCUUCCCAGAUUUUACCCACCACCCCAUCCGCACGUGAACCUCUGACGGGCAUCAAGGUUGAGCUAGAGGAGGUAGAGAGCCGCACAGAAGAGUUUCCACUGACGCGGGGCUUCCUGCAGCUGAUGGCGGCACUGACCCAGUUCCCUGUGCCCAUGGGGCUGGGGGCAGGCACCAGGUCGCCUGGGUUUGACCCGUACCUGGACUUCAUUUUAAAUUCUGUCUUGCUCAAGUACAACACUAGGGCCUACAAACUGGCGGAAGAAAAGUGGCAGGUUGUGUCUGGGUGUCUGGAGAUUCUGGUCAAACUUGUAUCAGACUAUGAGCUGUGCGCUGAGGACUUCCGCAAUGAAACAGUGGAUGUGCCUGGAGCUGGCAUCAUGCCUGCAAGCAAGCAACCCGGGUUUACCCUACUGCGUAUGAUGCUCAGUGAUUCACAUCUCUUUAAGACAAUUCAGCUGAUUCUGGAAGAAGCGCUGAUUCAUUUUGAACAGUUUGCCCAGUUUCCUGGCCGUGAACAUCUGGAGAGAGCAUCCCUGUUGUGCCUGCAACUGCUUGAGGAGACAGCAGACAGACAGAGCAGCUUGGAGAGAUGUGUUAGGGAGACUGCCUGCCCUUUCCUUAUGUCCAGCAUGGAGAGGCUGCUGCUGGGGAUCAACCCAAGAACCAGAAAGGCUGAUUAUUUAAUCAAUAUUACAAAGUUUGUUGUGUUCAACACUUUCCUGCCCAAACAUACACUAUCAGCUAUCAGAAUUUUAUGCCAUGUGUGCUCUGAAUUGUCAUCCCAGUCUGAUAUUGUCAAUUUGUUCACUGCUGACAAGCGAGCUAGUGCUGAGCUUCUCCAGGGUUUUGUAGAGUGUCUAGACUCCAACACAGCUGAAAUCAAACAAGAGCGAGCCUCUGCACUUCUAAUGGAAGAUGAGUCAGAAGAUCCUAAAGAGCCCCCAGUCCAGAACGCCAUCUGUGAGCACAUCAUCCAGCUGAUUCUGGUCUCACUGGACCAGUCCUCCCCCAACCUGGCGCACUGGCUCCUUGGGUUCCAGCUCCAGAAGCCCAUCAUUAAAACAACACUACAGGACCCAGGUGUCUUGGACUCUCCUCGCACCUGUCUACAUUCUAUCCUGGCAGUGCUAGAGCGCGGGCUUGGCACCAGAGAAGGCCCUGCUUGUCUGCUGGACAGACCAAAGCUAGCAGAACUAGGCUACCGCACCAUCUAUGCCCUCUGUGCCAACAAGGACACAUCUCCUCCAACGCUGCGCUAUCUGCGGACAACACAUGACUUUUUGUAUCGCCAGCUACAGCACCUGCCUUUUGAUACGGCUAAAUAUGUGAAUAACGUAGCUGAGCACCAAACCUGGCUGCUGAAGACUUUGGCCAUUGAGUUGAGGAUGACAUCCCUUAACAGACAGAGGUCACACACCCAGCGUCUUGUCAAGCUCUUGUUGGGCGAUGAGGAACAAGAGGUUUACAGUGGUACCCAGCCUGGAGAUGACGGGGAGGUGAGUGUGGCAGAGAGGGAAUCUUUCCUGUCACUGACCCACAGCCACAACAUCAUCACCACCAGCCACCAAAUCCGCCACAGACUUGUUGGCAUCCUGGACACUAUAUCCUUUGAAGAGAAGCUACCCCCACACCUGCUGGUCAACUUCUUUGACAAGGCUCAGGUGGAGGCGCUUGUCCACAGCUUGGAGCACAGAACCAGAGAUGGAAUCAGCUACUGCGACAUCAGAUCUCUGCGCCAGGUCCUGCUCACAGAGUUAGCCAAUCAGCAAGGUCCAAUGGUUGCUGGACAGAGGCCUCACAUCAUUGAGGAGAUCCACCAGAUCCUGGAAACUGUAGUAGAACACAACGAGGCUAAGGAGAACCUCCAGAGGAAGAAAAGAGCCUUUGAAUCAUGGCGCCAGAUUGUUGAAGUUAUGUUGACAUCUGUUCCACAUGACCUCAUCAGUGGGGAACGCAGGCAGACCAUUUUAUUUGAUCUUCUGCAGGAGCUUUUGUUAAAGGUAUCUGGUGAUGAUGUUAGCUUAGAAGCGACGACUCUUGUGUCAGAUGUUCUGUUGACAUUGAUGUCAAACCUGCGUCAUUGUUUCCUGCCCACAUCAAGCCUGUCAGUGAGUUCUGCAGGUGACAGCUCCGCCCAUCCCUUCUGGUCCAGUAGGGGAACCAGUUCUCGCAGCGCCCUCUCCACCUCCCUGCAGAUUGUCCUACGAGGCCUCAUUGACUACAUCCUCAAGUCAAGUGGUGGAAUCCAAAAAGUGCGAGUUAAUUUGUAUGGAGCAUUGUUGUACUGUUUGCAGAUUGCCAAAAAACCAAUCACAGUUGAGGAUCCAACAACAAUUUCCAAUGAGUUUGGCAUGGAAAGAAUUUUAUCCAGAGAUGAAACAGAGUUUGAAAGACUAGCUAGUGAGAACAUGGAGACAAUCACAUCAUACGGGGACAGCUUUAUGGAGACCCUCUGUAGGGAUGCCUGUGAUGGUCAUCAUGUAGGCCGGAUGCUUGCCCUCUCUGUGUUUGAUACCAUCAUCUCCAUGGACAGACAGCAUGCAUGGCUGAACUUCCUGUGUGGGCGUGGCUACCUCCAGCACCUAGUGGACUCCGUGGCAUCAGAGGACGAUGGUCAGCUACUGGCCAUACUCUCACCUCAGCCUGCCAAUCUUCGUGCUCUCUACAUAUUUCACUCUAAAAUGUCUUUGUUGACCCGAGUGGCUGAGUCAGUUCAAGGGGCUAGAACACUGCUACACGGAGGAGCUUUAGAGAAACUUGCUGCCUGUUCUGUUCUCAGCCUGCGACCAGAAUCAGAUGACGCAAGUCGUAUGAUAGAGGAGGAAGAGGACCUCCUGCCCAGCCCACUCUCCAGAUACCGCUUGCUGCUCUUUGCUGUCCUGCAGUUUUGUCAGGCCUUACUCACAUCAUUGGGGGGUGAAAAUAAGGAGGCAGCUACACAGGUGAUGCUUCUAUUGAUCUCACAUGGAGAUGUCAUCUCCUCCAUAUUGAGGAGCUACAAGCCUACACUGAAUGAAUCCUCUCUCAGGGAACUCAGUCUAACCACAGCAGUUAUUGCAAGGGCUAAUUACCAUACUGAUUUGGGUGCUGACUUACUGGAGCAUGAUACAGCUAGUAUGGAGUUCAAAUCCCAACGCAUGCGUCUUCAGGAUCAAAUGCUGGCUCUACUCCCCCUGUAUGCCACACCAGAGAGUUUUAUGAAACAGCUGAAGGGACACCUGACUUCACCAAACAGCCUGACUGCCCAUGCAGACAGUGAAACAGCUGCGCAGCUUCUGCACCUGUACCUGGAGAUAGGCUCAAACCUUACAGCAUACUGUCGUAGUCUUAUCUCAAACAUAGGGACCAGCAACCUCAGCCAACAUCUGCUCUUUGGUCCCAGCUUAGAUGAGGUCAACAUGCGUGACAGUUCAAGAGUUAAUGAUGUGACCCUGGGACUGGGCAGAAGGCUGGGGCUGGGUGUGGUCAUCCUGUUGCUCCAGCAGAGCACACGUCAGUUCAGCGUGGUGCUGGACGCUCACCACCAGAACGCACAGAAGCUGGCCUCCCUCUCAGAGCUGACUGCUGAAGACCUCAAGCAGCUUUGUGCUGACAUCUAUUUAGAAAAGUUGUCCUCACAACAAAGACAGGAAGUGGCCAGACAACGCUUGGUCCAGAUUCUCUCACAGAAAAGUCAGCAGCUCCAGCACUAUGUCUACAUUGUGGAGAAUUGCUUGUACAUCUUAUGGCGCCACCUGGAGUUUUAUUUAGUGCACUGCAUUCCAGCUGACCAGUCAUCCAUGACAGCUCCCACCUUGAUGAGACACAGAACCGGCUUGAGAAAACUUACAGGAGCCUCAGAAUCUUUGUUGGAAAUGUCCAAUGUUGGAAGUCCAGUCAUAGCAGAAGGGCUAACCCAGGUGGCUCUGGGGGUGUCCAGGAAUGAUCUAGAACACAUACGUCAUGCUGCACCCUCUAUCAUGAAUGAAGAUUUCUUCAAAAAAGUUGAAAAUGUUGAUCAGCGCUAUGGUAAACAAAGAAGCCACUACAGUUUUUCUGAGGCCAUUGUCAGGCGAAUUAAAAGGGUUCUCCGACUUCACACGGAAAGCUAACGAUGAUGUCAUCAGUCAAACAAGUAGAUGAUGGUUGAAGUCAAGCAAUGAUGUCAUCAGUCA